AGGUGGAAGCAGUUCUUCUGUCAUUCAAUAUUUUUCUUGAUUAGCAUCAAAUUCAUAAUGAAUAUCCAUCAUGUUCUGGUCUUCUGCUUCUUAUCAGGUACAACUGGGUUUGUUAAAGCCAGCAUUUGGAUUGUACCUGAAGGAGGGAAUGUAUCACUAUAUAAUUACUUCACUGUGUCUGGAAACACAAAGUUCUUCUGUAAGGAAAAAUGUGAGCGAGCAGAAAACAUCCUCAUUAAAACAGAUGGAACCACAGCUCAGAGCGGCAGAUUCAGCAUUGAAUACAAAAAUGCAUCUUCAGGAAGAGGAGAGCUGACUAUGAAAAUCACACAUACGACCAAGUCUGACUCAAGAAUGUACCGGUUUGGUUUGGGUAAAUCUUCAGCUCCAGAUUCGUACUCAGAUCUUGAGGUCAGAGUUUCAAAUGAAUUUGAUAAAAGCUCUAGAAUCUUCCGUGCGCAGACUGAGGGAGAAGAAAUCUCAUUUGGAUGUGCCAAUGCUGUCCAUGGACAGAGGAAGUUCCUUUGUAAGAAUCUGUGUGAAAAAGAAGGAAAUAUUUUCAUUGACACAACUAAUGACAAAGCUGAGAAUGGCAGGUACAGCAUCGAAUACACAAAAGGAUCUGCGUUUGGACUUCAAGCAACCAUCAGACAGCUGACCAAGUCUGACACGGGACAGUACCGGUGUGGUUACGGCGACCCUUUGUCUCCUGAUUCAUACCACACUGAUAAUAUUUUUGUCGUAGAGGCUUCAAACCCACACACCUCUGCACCACCAACAAUGCAGACUCAGAGUUUCACUUCAGCCGUCUCCACACCUUCAUCAGAUUGUCCCGACUCUUUCUUGCCUCUGGCUGUCUGUCUCAUAUUAGUUGGUGUUUUACUGUUAUCGGUUUUUCUGCUGCUCCUCUACAUUUGGAAGAUAAAGAGGAACUUUGGACAAAGCCUUAGAGAAAAUGCUGAUGACACAAAUAUGGAGUUAUCUGUCACAUAUGAAAACUGGGGUCCAACAACCAAAUAUUAAGACUUCAGAAGUACCAGGAUCAAACCUACUCUGCAUUUAUAGCUCCUGAAGGUCCUGUUAUUCCCACCUGCACUGCAUGCUACAAUAUAUUGCCAUGGACUGUGAAUUUGUGCAGAAACCAGCUUAUUGAUUCAACUAUCUUGGCAUUCAUGUGGAACACCACUGAUGGGAUGAGAGUUGGAUCCAUUCCUUAAGCCGUUUUAGUCGUUUUUAUUUGAAGGCUCCACAGUUCAAUUCAAUUUUAUUUACACUGCGCCAAAGGCACCUCAUGGUGCUUUAUUUUGUAAGGUAGACCCUAUA